GCCUGCCUGCCUGCCUUCCUUCCUUCCUUCCUUCCUUCCUUCCUUCCUUCCUUCCUUCCUUCCACCCAUCCUUUCUAAAAUAAGGAAGUGGCUUUGUUUGUUCCUUGAAUUCCAAAGCUCGUGUCACCCAGGGAAGCCCAGUGUCCUGGCUUGCAGGCUUCUAGGAGAAAAGGACUGCUGGUUUGUGCUUGCUCAGCGGGAGGCCACAGGAGGCGACUGGGAGGCAGACACUGUCAAUCCAGGGGUGGAGAAGGGAGAAGGCAGGGCGACUGGCGCGCGUUCCCGAGCUCGUGACCGCCGGCGGCCCCGGGAAUCCGCGCCCACACACUCUUGCAGAGAUGGCAGGCGGUGAAGACCGGCGCGUCGUGGGCACCCUCCACCUGCUGCUGGCGACCGUCCUGUCCCUGACAGCCGGGAAUCUGAGUCCGGUCUCUGCUGCCUGGACGCAGGAGAAGAACCGCCACCAACCAGUACAUUUGAAUUCUUCAUCUCUUCGGCAAGUUGCAGAAGGCACCAGCAUUUCUGAAAUGUGGCAAAACGACCUGAGACCAUUGCUGAUAGAACGAUAUCCCGGAUCACCAGGGAGCUAUUCUGCUCGUCAGCAUAUCAUGCAGCGGAUUCAGAGGCUUCAGGCUGAGUGGGUUGUGGAAGUCGACACCUUCUUGAGUAGGACGCCCUACGGAUACCGGUCCUUCUCAAACAUCAUCAGCACUCUCAAUCCAGAAGCGAAACGACACCUGGUCCUUGCCUGCCACUAUGACUCCAAAUAUUUUCCUCGAUGGGACAGCAGAGUGUUCGUGGGAGCCACUGAUUCAGCCGUGCCGUGUGCAAUGAUGCUGGAACUUGCUCGUGCCUUAGACAAGAAACUCCAUACCUUGAAGGAUGUCUCUGGUUCCAAGCCAGAUCUCUCACUCCGGCUAAUUUUCUUUGAUGGUGAAGAGGCUUUUCAUCACUGGUCUCCUCAAGAUUCUCUGUAUGGGUCUCGGCACUUAGCUCAGAAGAUGGCAUCAAGCCCUCACCCUCCUGGAUCAAGAGGCACCAACCAACUGGAUGGCAUGGAUCUGUUGGUCUUACUAGAUUUAAUUGGAGCGGCAAAUCCAACAUUUCCUAAUUUUUUCCCCAAGACCACCAGAUGGUUUAAUAGACUUCAAGCAAUUGAAAAGGAACUCUAUGAAUUGGGUUUACUCAAGGAUCAUUCUUUGGAGAGGAAGUAUUUUCAAAAUUUUGGUUAUGGAAAUAUUAUCCAAGAUGACCACAUUCCAUUUUUAAGAAAAGGUGUCCCAGUUCUUCACCUGAUAGCUUCUCCUUUCCCUGAAGUCUGGCACACCAUGGAUGACAAUGAAGAAAAUCUGCAUGCGCCAACCAUCGACAAUCUCAACAAAAUCAUUCAGGUCUUUGUGUUGGAAUAUCUUCACUUGUAAUAUUUGAAUUUAGUGUCUGGUAAUUGCUUCCACAGAAACUUCAAGACAUCAUUUAAACAAUCUGAUUCCAGAUAAAUGUGUGUAGACUUCUGUCCUAUAGAUUCAUUCUGUAGGUGUCUUCGAAUAUGUGAUUAGCAAAUUGUAGAAUUCUGUGAUGCCUUCACUAAUUUUCCUCUAGAGACAAGAAAGAAACAUGUAAAAAAAUAAAAAAUAAUUUUUGAAACUUUUGGAUGAAAACUUUAAAAUGACAUUAGAUCCACUUACCGAUGUCAUAGAGUUGUAAACAAUACUUAAACACAAUGAUGUUGUAUAGUGGUAGUUUUAUAUGUGACAUUAUCAUUGUAUAGUGUGCUAUAUAAUGUGUAAUGAAACACAGGCAUGUACUUGGACAGUCCUUAAGUUUCUUUAAAAAAAAAAAAAAAAAAGCUUUGUGGAGUUUAUUUCAUGGAAAUUAAAGUCUGCAUUAAAUUGUA